AUGGCUGAACAGACCAUACCAAUUCACCCUGUUGCACCACGUCUCAAGUCAGGUCCCAAGAAGCCCCAUGUCGGUCCUCACAAGGACGAUUACCACAAGGCGCACAAGGAGACUGUAGGACAUGAGUCCGAUAAUUGGUGGGCAAGGCAAGCCCACGCUAUGCUCCACUGGGAUCGCCCUUUCAAGAACGUCCGGGCGGGCGGUUUUGCCACUGGCGACAUCGUUUGGUUCCCAGAAGGUGGACUUAACGCCUCAUACAACUGUGUCGACCGCUGGGCGUUCAAGCACCCCGAUAAGACCGCCAUCAUUUACGAGGCAGACGAGCCCGGCGAGGGGCGGGAGAUCUCUUACGCUGAGCUCCUCCGCGAGGUGUCGAGCGUCGCCAAUGUUCUCAAAUCGUUCGGUGUCAAGAAGGGCGAUACUGUGUCUGUGUACCUGCCAAUGACCUGGCAAACCGUCGCUGCUUUCCUUGCUUGCGCGAGGAUUGGCGCCGUGCACUCGGUUGUCUUUGCUGGAUUCUCGGCCGAAUCGCUCCGCGAUCGUGUCCAGGACUGCAAGAGCCGCGUCCUGAUCACGUCGGAUGAGGGUAGGCGCGGUGGAAAAACUAUCGCGAACAAGGCUAUCGUCGAUGCCGCGCUUAAGGAGUGCCCUCUUGUCGAACAUGUUCUCGUCCUCCAACGAACGGGUAACAAGGUCGCCUGGACGGAAGGCAGGGACAAGUGGUGGCACGAGGAGAUCCUCAAGGUUCCCAACUACUGCCCACCCGAGGUCAUGUCGUCGGAGGAUCCUCUAUUCAUUCUCUAUACUUCUGGAUCAACCGGCAAACCCAAGGGUGUUGUUCAUACCACGGGUGGAUACCUUCUUUGUGCAGCUCUGACGGUAAAAUAUGUGUUCGAUGUGCACCCCGACGACAAGUUCGCAUGUAUGGCAGAUGUAGGCUGGAUCACAGGCCAUACGUAUAUCGUCUAUGGUCCUCUUGCGAACGGAGUGACUACAACCGUGUUUGAAUCGACCCCUGUAUACCCCACGCCAUCGAGAUACUGGCAGACCGUGGAGAAGCACCAACUGACUCAGUUCUAUUCUGCGCCUACCGCCAUCCGCCUCCUCCGCCGCCUUGGAGAGCACCAUGUCGAAGGCCACGAUCUGAGCAGUCUGCGCGUUCUAGGCAGCGUUGGCGAGCCGAUCAAUCCGGAGGCUUGGAAUUGGUACAAUGAACAUGUGGGGAAGAUGCAGUGUGCGAUUGUAGAUACCUUCUGGCAAACGGAGACCGGGUCCAUUGUUGUUACCCCAUUCCCUGGUGCUAUUGAGACUAAGCCUGGAUCUGCUACGGUUCCAUUCUUCGGUAUCGAGACUGCUAUCCUUGACCCCGUAACUGGUGUGGAAUUGGAGGGCAAUAACGUGGAGGGAGUUUUGGUAUUGAAGCACCCAUGGCCAUCAAUUGCGCGAACAAUCUAUCAAGAUCAUAAACGCUACCUCGAGACAUACAUGCAGCCAUACCCCGGGUACUUUUACACUGGAGAUGGUGCUGCGAGAGAUGAGCAUGGUUAUAUCUGGAUCAAGGGCCGUGUUGACGAUGUUAUCAAUGUAUCCGGACAUCGGCUGUCGACUGCUGAGAUUGAGUCGGCGCUUAUUCUCCACAAGGGUGUUGCUGAGACUGCCGUUAUCGGAACUGCCGAUGAACUGACCGGACAGGCUGUCUAUGCUUUCGUCACCUUGAAGCCUGAAUUCGCCUUCGAUCCCGCUGACGAAACAAGCCUCGUCAAGGAACUCGUCCUCCAGGUCCGCAAAGUCAUCGGCCCCUUCGCCGCCCCCAAGAAGAUCUAUAUCGUCUCUGACCUUCCGAAGACACGUUCAGGAAAGAUCAUGAGACGCAUUAUGCGCAAGAUCGUUGCGGGAGAGGGUGAUCAGCUUGGCGACCUUAGCACUCUGGCUGAGCCGGACGUUGUUGAGGUCAUCAAGAAGAAGGUCGCUGAUAGCGCCUGA